AUGGGUACACACAUCAAAUUUAGAUUGUGUCGCACGGCGAUAGCUUCUGUUGGAUGUAUGUUCAACGCUUCGUUUACCUCACGGCUUUACACCACCGUAAGGACGUUAGGGCGUGCCUACGAGAACCCUCGAUUUAUAACUUCUAAUGUGUUCUAUUGCAACAAACAGUUCAGGCAGUUUAGUUCAAAGGGCUCCGAAUCACCUAAGGAGUCGCAGUUCGAAAAUGAGGAACCUAGUCAAACCGAACAAACAAGUCACGAAAACACGGCAGAUGAGGAUUCACCUGUCAAUCUAGAGGAGCAGGUGGAAGAACUUCAAAGUAAGCUAGAGGAAGUAACUGGGAAACUGAAGGAGUUGCAGCUCAAGUACCGCAUAAGUCUAGAUAACUGCGAACAAAUCGAAAAAAUUGCAGCGAAGAAACUUAACAAUGCGAAACUAUAUGCCAUAACCCACUUCGCUAAGGAUAUGCUGGAUGUGGCAGAUGCAUUCGAACUAGCCUUCAAGUCGCUGGGAACUCAAAAGGAGACAGGAUUGAACGCCGAAUUCAUUGAAGGAAUCAGACUCACUGAACAACAGCUGCACAAGACAUUCGAAAAACACGGGAUCAAACGCUUCGAAAGUCUAGAGCAAAAGUUCAACCCAGAGGUGCACGAAGCCGUAUUCGAGAUUCCGGAUAAAAGUGUCGACAGGAAUACAAUCCUGCAAGUUGUGUUCAACGGGUACAUGAUAAAUGAUCGCGUUCUAAGGGCUGCCAAAGUCGGAGUGUCACGUAAGUAA